AUGACAGUGACAUACACCAACCGUGUGGCAGACGCCCGCCUGGGCACCUUCUCCCAGCUGCUGCUCCAAUGGAAAGGGAGUAUCUACAAACUGCUCUACUCAGAGUUCCUGAUUUUCAUCUCACUCUACUUCACCAUCAGCCUUAUCUACAGGCUGAUCCUGAGUGAGAGCCAAAGGCUGAUGUUUGAGAAGCUGGCAUUGUACUGCAACAGCUACGCUGAGCUAAUCCCUGUAUCCUUCGUGCUGGGUUUCUAUGUGGCGCUGGUGGUGUCCCGCUGGUGGGCUCAGUACGAGAGCAUCCCGUGGCCUGACCGGAUCAUGAACCUGGUGUCCUGCAACGUGGACGGGGAGGAUGAGUACGGGAGGCUCCUGCGGCGCACCCUGAUGCGCUACAGCAACCUGGUCAGCGUGCUGAUCUUGCGCUCCGUCAGCACCGCCGUCUACAAGCGCUUCCCCAGCAUGGAGCACGUCGUGAGGGCAGGCCUCAUGACACCAGAAGAGCACAAGAAGUUUGAGAGCUUGAAUUCCCCCCACAACAAGUUUUGGAUCCCAUGUGUGUGGUUCUCCAAUCUGGCUGUGAAGGCAAGGAAUGACGGGAGGAUCCGAGACAGUGUGCUGCUCCAAGGAAUCCUGAAUGAGCUCAACACCCUGCGCAGCCAGUGCGGGAGACUCUAUGGGUACGACUGGAUCAGCAUCCCCCUGGUCUACACCCAGGUGGUGACCGUGGCUGUUUACAGCUUCUUCCUGGCCUGUCUGAUUGGGAGGCAGUUCCUGGAUCCAGAAAAAGCGUAUCCUGGCCAUGAACUGGAUCUCUUCGUGCCUGUCUUUACAUUUUUGCAGUUCUUCUUCUACGCUGGCUGGUUAAAGGUGGCCGAGCAACUCAUCAACCCUUUUGGGGAGGACGAUGAUGACUUUGAAGCCAACUGGCUCAUCGACAGGAACCUGCAGGUCUCCCUCAUGGCAGUGGAUGAGAUGCAUCAGGAUUUACCAGUCCUGGAGAAGGACCUCUACUGGAAUGAGCCUGAUCCCCAGCCACCCUACACAGCAGCCACUGCUGAGUACAAACGCCCAUCAUUCCUUGGCUCCACUUUUGAUAUCAGCAUGCAGAAAGAAGAGAUGGAGUUCCAGCCCCUGGAGCAGAUCAAGGAGAACGAGGAAGCCAACCACUCCACACCAUUACUGGGACACCUGGGCCGCCUCUUGGGUGUCCAGUCACCAAACUUCUCCAGGUCCUCCUCCCGGAUGAACCUGCUGCGCAGGCGAGGAGACCCCGCAUCGCCCUUCUCCCACUACACCUACCAAGACAUGGGGAAGUCAGGAAGCCCUUGUGGCAUCAGUCAGCCAAAGGGAGACUCCCAGGAGCAGUGGGACAGCGAAGAUGGAAAACUAAGGGAGUUUGAUGCCUUCAUGUCAACCCCCUUCUAUGAGAGACCCGGUUUCUACAGCGCCCCCCAGACACCCAUCAGCUCCAUCCCCAUGAUUUUCCCUUCCAGACGCCAAGGCCGGAAGAAACCACCUGCUCUCUCCAGCAUUGCUGCCUGCUCAACUUCCCUGAGGGAUGUCAUCGUCAACACCUCCCCUUCCAGGGCCAGUGAUGUCUACAAGAGCCAGAGCUCCCUGGGCUCAGCUGCAAAGGAAACCUUCGUCUGGCCAACAGAUCGGAGCAAAGGUCCCGACUCCACAGCUGUGACAGUGGAAGAGGAAAAGAACAACUCCAGGGAAGCUGCCACCACAGGAAGCCCAGGAGCACAGUCCACAGCAUCCGACAGCCCAAAAUUCCCCUUCCUGGCAGAGUCCCCUGACCAGGAGAAGCAGGGCAGCUACAAGAGCCUGAAGAGCUUGAAAGCUUCGCACCCACCCUGGCUAACCCUGGAGAACACAGCAUCAGCUCCUCCCAACUCAGAGCAUUCUGGUGCCUUUCACACCCCCAGUAACAAAACCCCCGGGGGCAGCACCUCCCUCUGCUUCUCCUUCACUCCCGUGACCUCUCCAGCCCUGGAGAGGUCCCAUAAGGGGAACCUGGGCCCUGAUGCUCGCAGCCUGAGCUUGGAAGACGCAGCCAGCCCUCCAGACCAGCAUCCAGAGGUUUCCAGGAAUACGAGAGACACUGGGAAUGGAAGCACUAACCCAACCCCUACAAAAGAGCCAAGAAGAGCAGAGAGUCCAUCCCCUAAUGACUCCGGAAUCUCCCUGGCCGAGGGCGACUUCGUGGGGCUGAUGGAGGUGAUCAUGGAGGCCAGUGAGAGCCCAGGUGAGGAGCAGAUGGACCAGUACAGCUAAAGGAGACAAGGUUCCAUGGGAUACCUUCCUUAUCCUCACACCUGGCACUCACCUGAACAGAAGGGCAGUGCUGGACAUGCAGCUAGAGCCUGGCCUAGGCUAAAACCAGCACUAAGGACACACUACUCCUGGUUUUGGUACCAUAGCGAGCUCAACUUCUGCUGCAACAAGAAAACCACCAAAAACCCAAUUUUUAGCCAAAAGCCAAGACUGAGUGUUAAGUAUUGCUGAUAUCUCAGCAGGCACCAGCCAGGUGUAGCCCAAACAGGAGUAUAGUUAAUAUGGAUACUUACUUCCUCCUCCUCCUCACAGCAAGUAGAACUUGAGCUUACAAGUCUCAGGCAGGACUUGCACUACUCCAGGGAAAGUAAGGGACUGAAGCAAGUCACAUUAUUACUGAUGCAGACCCACAGUGCUUCUUCCAAUCCUGUCUUAGCUCUUUUCCAGUACUGGGAAAGUACUGGAGUAAGGCAGGGUAAGUGUCUAUACCAGCACAGGCAGCUGCAGUACCUGCCCCCACAUUGCUUCCUUCCGAAGCUCCAGAUCACCUCCGCCACAGAUUUGAGUGCUCAGAGAAAUGUGGAUGGUAGCCCACACCACUCAGCUGAGCUUUACUGCCCACCCUCAGAAAAUAAAAGCAAGGCUCAAGCCCAGGACCAUCGUUUUGUUUCCUCAUUUUAGUUCCCAUGCAACGGGAAUUUAGAGAAACCAUACAAGUUCUACUUCUGCCUUCAGCAGCAGCUGCAAGACUCCCACACCACAUGACAAAAUUUACCUCCCACACCCCUUCAUUACAGCUGCCUUCUCUCCCUCAAAACUAAACAGGAAAAGCCAGCUGGAACCAAGUCACUUUAUUGGCUGGAGGGCAGUACAUAAAACACAAGAGAGAAGGGGGGUGAUAUUUGGUACAGAGAAUGGAACUGUUUCUCUAGGUAGCUGAAGCUGCAUGCACGGCUGGACAUUAAGUAGGAGUCCCACUGAAACCCACAGCGUGUCUCUGGGCCAGACUUCAGCUGUCAUUGUCACUGUCCCCGAGGGUGUGCUUGUCGAAGAGGUACUCGGCCAUGCCGUAUUUUGGUGCCCCCAUCUUCCGCAGGUUGGUCACAUGGUCACCCAGCUCCUUGAUGGCUUUCACCUGCUCAUCCAGGUAAUGAGUCUCAAUGAAGUCACACAACUGGAAGGGAGACCAAGAGAGUUUAAAUUCAGGCCCAGAAAGGAGCGGAUACAGCAUGACAACUUUCAAGCUGAGAGGAAGCAGCUUUUAAGUUUUGCUUCAGCAAAGCCAGGAGAUCAAAGUGAGGCAGGGCUUACACAGGCACACUGGCUCCAGAACCCUGCAGAGCUCAGGAAGCCUCUCCUCUUCCUCACUACAGGAAGCAUUAGCCAAGUCUCUGAACAGAUUUUGACUCCCCCACUACACAGCAAACUCACAACUGUGAGGAUUUACACCUCUAAAACAGCCCAGUUUUAUUGUUUUCUUUAAAAAAGUCCCUCCAGCUUACACAGGACACUCACAAGAGUACUUGGAUUCACACACAUUAAUCUCUUCCUGAUACUAGACAGCUUCAAUCUAGCCUUGCCAAAAACUUUCAUCUGUGAAGAGCCCUGUGUUUUCAGACCCUGUUCUCAAGUAUCAGGGCUUGAGAAACCAGAAGUGACACCAGAAUUUUGUGGCAGAAAAGCCUCAUAAGAUAGAACUCAACCACCUCAGAAACAAGCCUUCAUAAAGCUUAAUACACUUCAGAAGGAAUAAAGCAAGUCUCAGCUACCAUAAAAGUCCUCCUGGAAGGACAGCAAUAACCUCACCAAAGGGCUAAAGGACAGGCUGACAUCUGGGCCCUUCCCUCUGGAAGGGCUGCACCCCUGGUUCACCUUUUCUCACCUUUAUUAACAUCAAGGACACACAGCUCAGCCCUAAACCUGCACAAUUAGACACAUCCAAGCCCCCUCCUUGCACAGCUACAUUCUCGGGCUCAGCCUCCACUUACGUGUGGGUCAUUCUUCUCAGUUGCCAAUUUGUGCAGUUCUAGCAGUGACUGGUUCACGUUCUUUUCCAGGUGCAGGGCACACUCCAUUGCAGUCAGGCCAUUCUCCCAGUCAUCACGGUCUGGCUUCUGCCAGGGGAAAGCACAGCCCAGGUUUUCUCUAAGUACCCACAGAUCAGUAGGGAGCAAAGCCUCAAAGCUUGUCUGGAUCAAAUUCAGACAUUUAGGUAACAAACACUUGACGUGCACUCAGAACACAACUGAAUGCAACCCCCCCAUCCCACUUCUCAAAACAGUGCACAGAGCAUUUUUGCUGUUAAAUUUAAUGAUGAUGAACCAGUUGCCUUCUUGUUCUGACACAGGAAACCAUUACCCUCUUCUUACACAAAAAGUACUUUUUCUUAGUCAAUCAGCAUAAAUUAUCAAAUUACUACACGUCUCAAAUGACUCUCCUUCUCCAGUGUCAGCUGCUGCUCCUUCUGGGAGAGGACCCAGAGGGAAACCCACCUCCUCCCAGCCCCCAAAUGUAGUUCUGGGCCGGGAGAGCCCACUCCUCACCUUGAUGUCCUGCAGGAAGAUGCGCCCUCCCCUCUGGUUCUGCAGCUUCAUCAGCUUCUCCGCGUGCUCCCGCUCCUCAUGGGACUGAUGCAGGAAGUACUUGGCAAAGUUUUUCAGAGCCACAU